AUACUUUCCGGCAAUUAAGUGGUUUAUUUGUAGCCUAUAAAAUAAUAUUGAUAAGAUGUCUUACAAAGUGGAACAACUACGUGACUCUUAUGCAUAUCUCGGUGAAGGACCCCAUUGGGAUAUUGAAACACAAAGUCUUUACUUUGUCGAUAUUGCAGGUGGCAAAUUGCUACGUUAUGAUUACAAAGAGAAUAAAACCUACGGCGCUAAGGUAGAGAAUGAGGAACACACUUCCUUCGUUAUACCAGUCGAAGGCGAGAUUGGCAAAUUUGCUGUAGGUUGUGGAUGUCGUGUGGUUAUCGUGGCUUGGGAUGGUGUGGCACCUAUUGCGAAGGUGGAACGUAUUGCUUAUACUCUGCAACAAGGCGACGAAGUGUGUAAACAUCGUUUUAACGAUGGUAAAGCCGAUCCACGUGGUCGCCUCUUAGUUGGUAGCAUGUAUCUUGAAAAUAAUGUGAAGAAACCAUUUGGUGAAUUGUAUCGACUUGAAAAGGGGCAGCCAAUGGCAGUUUUAAGGUCUGGAGUAACUAUUUCAAACGGCUUGACAUGGAACGAGAAAACUAACAAAUUCUAUUAUAUCGACUCAAAUGACUAUGAAGUUACCGAGUAUGAUUAUGAUUUGGAUACGGGAGCGAUCAGUAACCCUAAAGUAGUCUUCAAGCAUGCCGAACAUAUGCCCGAUGGCAUGACUAUUGAUACGGAGGGAAAUAUUUAUAUUGCCACGUUUAACGGUCAUACGGUCUAUAAAGUUAAUCCCAGCACUCAAGAAAUUUUGCUGGCAAUUAAAUUGCCCACGAAGCAGAUAACUUCUGUGGCUUUUGGUGGACCAGAUUUGGAUAUUUUAUAUGUAACUACCGCGGAGUAUGUCGAUCAACCUGCUCCAGCUGGAUUUACAUUUAAGGUUACUGGUUUGGGUGCUAAAGGAUUACCAAUGAGGAAAGUAACAAUUUAAGGCACAAAAUGAUGAUGUGCGAGAUGUGUACAAAAUGUAACGGGAAUUUUCGUUUUAUGAGAAAAAUAUUUGUUGAUUCAUGUAUAUUAAUUUCGUCACUUCCAAACAGUCCUAAUUGGAGUAGAUACCUAAAAUAAAGAACUUUAAAGUAAAA